AUGCCUGCCUUCCUCCCCCCGGUAACACUGAUUUCCCUCCCCCGCCCCCCAGCCAUCUCCCCUCGCCGACUCCCGCGCGCCACCCUAGCUGUCAAGGGUUCCGCCCGCGCUCAAGAAAUUCUCACCGGGCUUCUCGCCUCCAACAAUGACUAUAUCGCCGGCGCCCCGCUCCCGCAAUCCCGUCUCGCCUCGCCGACCUUGCGCGAGAACCUCGCCAUCAACGGCCAGCAUCCCGAAGUCGCCGUCAUCGCCUGCGCUGACUCCCGUGUCGCACCGGAGAUCAUCUUCCGCGCAGGAUUGGGGCAACUCUUCACUAUCCGCAACGCAGGUAACGUCGCUUGGGGCGACGCUGUCGUCGGCUCCGUCGAGUUUGCCGUCACCGUACUGCAAGUCCCGCUCGUCAUUGUUUUGGGGCAUACCAUGUGUGGUGCCGUUGGGGCGGCAAUCGAGACUGCGACCAGCGGCGAAAUGACCGCCAAGUCCCCGCUUGCUAACCAUGUCGCCCGGAUUGCAGAGGUCAUCAAGCCCGUUCUUGGGGACGAAAAUGUAGAGUCGAGCGCGGUUGUUGAGAACGUAAAAGAUGGCGUCCAACGAUUGUUAGGCGGUGGGUCGCAAGUCGCAAAGCUUGCCAAGAGCAAAGAUAUUGCCGUCGUUGGAGCCAUCUACGAUAUCGUUUCUGGACAAGUCAAUGUCGUCGCAUAGCGCCGCAGUCGUACAAGGCGUUUCGCAGAGACGCUCCCCUGAGAUUGCUAGAGGUGCAGGCGAUUCAGGCAUUUGAUUCAUGCAGCUUUGGCCCGGACCAGCUUCCGGAUUUCCCUAUCGCCUUUGAGUGCCGAUGGCUCCGGUUGUGCACUUGCGUGGGUCGUCACUUUCACGACUACAUGUAUUCGUCACAACCUGACGAACAGGACAUCAGUUUAUUUCAAAUUAGCUCACAAGUCUUUAGAGCUGGUAAGUAGCUCGUGUCACAAUUUGCGGUUCAUCUUUCGAAGAUGGGACUGCAUCUACUACGUGUGCAAUCUUGCCUCAUCCGUACGACGUACGAAGCCAUCAAAAUCGUACGAUCAGUAAAGCAACUGAAGCCCCGCGACAGCCGACGCCGCUUUU